GAGCCUAAACGUCAGUCCUGCUGAAGGGGAUUGUGGUGCGUAAACAAGAUUAACUCUCUAGCCCCCAGCUGCGCUGAUUUGCGGGGCAGCCUGCCAGUCCAGUCACCGCUAGCCCUCGCGUGCGCGCAGGGCCGAGCGUGCGGCGCGGGGGAUGGGGCAGCCAGCUGCCUCCUUGCUGUCUCCGGGGCCCGCUCCGUAUCUGAGAGUGGUGGAGGGCCACAGCCUCACCAGCUACUGCUCAAAAUCUGGGCUGGACGGAGGCGACCGCUCCUAGCAGCGGCCUGAAUCCAUCAGCUCCUUCUUCCUCCCUGCUUGUCCCCCUCCGCCUGUCGUGCAACAACUCCCUCCAGCCCGCCCUGUCCAUCACCCCGGCCACGAUUGCCCGCCCCUGUGCCAGCAAUGGGGGACCUACCCGGGCUCGUGCGCCUUUCCAUAGCGCUGCGCAUCCAGCCCAACGAUGGCCCUGUUUUCUUCAAGGUGGACGGGCAGCGCUUCGGCCAGAACCGCACCAUCAAGCUGCUCACCGGCUCCUCCUACAAGGUGGAGGUGAAGAUUAAGCCUACAACACUGCAGGUCGAGAACAUUUCCAUUGGCGGUGUGCUUGUCCCACUGGAACUGAAGUGUAAAGAGCCUGAUGGGGAGAGAGUUGUCUACACAGGCAUAUAUGAUACAGAAGGUGUGGCUCCAACUAAAAGUGGAGAGCGACAACCCAUCCAAAUCACCAUGCCGUUCACAGAUAUUGGGACCUUUGAGACAGUGUGGCAAGUGAAGUUCUACAAUUACCACAAGCGAGACCACUGCCAGUGGGGAAGCCCAUUCUCUGUCAUCGAAUAUGAGUGCAAGCCCAAUGAGACGCGCAGCCUCAUGUGGGUAAACAAGGAGUCCUUCCUCUGAAAACGGCUCCUCCUGAUGCUGCUCGACAAUCUCCGGGAAUCUACGUUUAGACAAACCAGCACAAGCCUUAACCAAGGCACACCACACUAAGGCUGUUUCCCAGUGACCUCCUGCCCCCAAUUACUAUGAAAGUGUGAUUCCCUCUGAUACAGUACCUGUGACAUCAAAGAUGCUGUCACGUCCCUGAAAGUUCUCCCUCCACUAUCCUCUGCUGGUAUCCCUGAAUCUGUCCGUGCUCAGUCAUACUGUCUGCCAGUGUGACUAGAGCUAAGUGGGACCAGCAGGUUUGUCCUAAACCGAAAAGUUCCACAGAAGGACCCUGGUGUUUUGUUCUCAAGAUGAGCAAUUCCUCCCUUUUGUGUUCAUUGUCAAAUUAAAAUAACAAUGUGCUUGAGUCCCCCACAUGUGAUAUUGUGACAUGUAGCAUGCAGUGUUUGUUGAGCAUCCAAAGCAGGCUUUGUGAAAAUGUAGCAACACACUCAGCAGUGAAUGGGACUCAAAUGUUGUGCUUCCUAUCAACAGCUCAGCUCUUUCAGAGAAAGACAGUGGCGGAAUAAAAAGAUGAAUGUGUAAAGACGUAUUUAUAAUGUAUUAGUAAUCUUUCAAGUAGCAAGGCAUUGUGCUGUGGCCUGGUAGAAAUAAGGAAGAGACUUGGUUGUGGAAUUGGAGCUGUGGCUCUCCCCUUUGGCAGGCUGCCAUAGACUCCAAGCUCACACAGAGGUAACACCCGUACAUACCCUCUCACUUGAACUUUGUACAAUCGUGUAUGGAAUGGUGAUCAACUUUUGAUAUUUCUUAAUAAAGACAUUGAAAAUCA